GUUCCUUCCAUUAAUAUGUAUACGAUAUUAUUCUUAUGUAUUCAAUGAAUUAUCUCGACAUAUCUAUUCACUACUUGUUACCUUCAUAGCGCUCUUUUUUACAUGGCCGCUUUCUAAGUGCGUGUCUUUUGAAAGAUGAAGUUAAACGUUUCAUAUCCCGCAACGGGAUGCCAAAAAUUAUUCGAAGUUGUGGAUGAACACAAACUUCGUAUUUUCUAUGAAAAACGUAUGGGAGCUGAAGUUGAAGCCGACACUUUAGGCGAUGAAUGGAAAGGAUAUGUUUUACGUAUUUCUGGUGGAAAUGACAAACAAGGUUUCCCAAUGAAACAAGGUGUUUUAACAAAUGGUCGAGUUCGUUUGUUACUUUCAAAAGGUCAUUCCUGUUACCGACCAAGACGUACUGGUGAACGUAAACGUAAAUCAGUACGAGGAUGUAUUGUAGAUGCCAAUCUUAGUGUUUUGGCAUUAGUUGUUGUCCGCAAGGGCGAACAGGAAAUUCCCGGAUUAACAGAUAACACAAUUCCACGUCGUUUAGGACCUAAAAGAGCAAGUAAAAUCCGUAAAUUAUUCAAUCUUAGCAAAGAAGAUGAUGUACGUCAAUAUGUUGUAAAACGACCACUUCCACAAAAAGAAGGAAAGAAAUUGCGUCAAAAAGCACCAAAAAUUCAACGUUUGAUUACACCAGUUACACUUCAACGCAAACGUCAUCGUCUUGCAUUGAAAAAGAAACGUUGUUUGAAACGUAAAGAACAAGCUGCAGAAUACGCAAAAUUAUUAGCUCAACGCAAGAAGGAAUCUAAAGUACGUCGUGCUGAGGAAUUAAAACGCCGCCGAUCAGCAUCUCUUCGAGAGUCGAAAUCAUCAACAGGAGGUUCGACCAAAUAAACAAUAUUUGUAUAAAUAAAAUUUAUAUUUAAAAUGGAAGCAAAUAAACAUUGUUUCAGUUAAA